AGCACGGCCAAAAAGGCCACUCCAUUGCUAACAGCUCGUCGUUGCUUUGCAAUUAUAUAGGCCAACACGAGAGUUCCACCACGCCAUUGCAGGAAGAUAGGCAGUUCUGCUGCUAGCAGGUGAAAAAUGCAAACCACCGCCUUCUGCCUGGGGGUAGCACGAGGAUGCAGCCUGAGCUGCCUUCCCGCCGCGCGGCCGGCCGGAGGUCCUUCAUGGAGGUGGCAGAUGCGGCGUACCCUGCGAUGCCGGCAGCAGCAAGCUCCGGCGCCGGAAGCGCAGCAUGAGGUUGACGAUCGGUCGAGCAAGAAUCCUUGCGGGUUCUACGCUUCCGUGUGGGGGGAUUUCUUCCUUCACCACCCUGAUCCGGCAGCUUCCUCCCAACAACAGACAUGGAUGGUAGAACGAGUAGAGGAACUGAAGAAAGAUGUGGCCAAAUUGAUAUCGAGUUCCAACACCUAUCUUGAGAGGAUGAAACUCAUUAUUGCAUUAGAGCGUCUUUGCUUGGAUUAUCUCUUUGAAAAAGAUAUUAAUGCAGCUUUGAAAGAAAUUUAUGGUGCCAAUGUUAGUGACUUUGAUCUUCAUACAAUAGCCAUUUGGUUCUAUCUACUACGUAAACAUGGAUACAAGGUUUCAUCGGAAGUGUUUGUGAAAUUCUUAGAUGAGGAUGGAAGUUUUAUGGCAACAACCCCAAGAGAAUUGUUGAGCCUUUACAAUGCCGCACAUUUUCGUACCCAUGGAGAGAUAAUACUUGACAAAGUUAUAUCCUUCACCAAAGUGAGUUUAGAAACAAAAUUGCCAUAUCUGGAAGGAUCAUUGGCACAUGAAAUUCAGUGUGCACUUGAGAUACCCCUCCCACGGAAGGUUGCAAUUUAUGAUGCUAAGAUCUAUAUCUCGACAUAUGAGAAAGAACCUACUAUGAAUAAAUUGGUCUUGGAGCUUGCAAAGGUGAAUUUCAAUUUGAUGCAACGACAAUAUCAACAAGAGUUGAAAACCACUACAAGGAAAAUGUGCAGGUGGUGGAAUAAUCUACAAGUUCACUCAAGGCUCCCAUUUGCUCGAGAUAGACUUGUGGAGUGUUACCUGUGGAUGUUAGGAGUAUACUACCAACCCAGCUGUUCACGGGGCCGAAUAAUACUUACGAUUGUGAUUUACACUACAACCAUUUUCGAUGAUAUUUAUGAUUCAUUUGGAACCCCAGAAGAGUGUGAAUUGUUUACCCAGUGGGUGGAAAGGUCAUUCAUGUCCGGUUGGGACACGAAUGUGGCUCGGGUUCUCCCAGAGUGCAUGCAAUACGCAUUUGGAAAAAUUAUGGAAAGCUAUGAGAUCAUUGAGAAUGAGCUAGCACCAGAGGAGAAAUAUCGUAUGACCUACCUCAAAAACUUCAUAGUAGAUCUUGUUAGGAAUUACAACAAGGAGGUUAAAAUGCGUGAAGAAAACUUUAUCCCAAUAUCCGUCGAAGAGCAUCUACAGAUCUCAGCAAGGACUAGUGCAUGUCAUCUGUUGGCUUGCACUUCACUGGUUGGAAUGGAUGAUAUAGCAACAAAGUCUUCUUUUGAAUGGGUUUCAACUAUACCUAAAAGUGUGCAAAACCUUUGCAUAAUUGUUAGACUAUUAGAUGAUAUCAUGACCUAUGAGCGAGAGCAGAUGAUACCUCAUGUUGCUUCGACAAUGGAUAGCUACAUGAAACAACACAACGUCUCGAUCAAAAUAGCACGCCAGAAGAUACAAGAGCUAAAGGAGGAGUCAUGGAAAGAUUUCAAUGGCCAGUGGCUAGAGCCCGAUGAUGACCAACCGAGGAAGUUGAUUGAGGUGAUAUUCAACCUCACAAGAACAAUGGAGUUCAUGUAUAACAAAGAUGACAACUUUACCAACUGUCGCAACCUUGAGGAUACCAUCCAAUCAUUAUUUGUGGAGCCUUUUGAGAUUGUUUUGUAGUAUAAAGUGACUAAUAAAUGUGCUAAUGUGAACA